CAGCAGAGCGGCCCCCGCCCCCCUCGACCUCUCCGCCCUCCGUUUCUGACUACUCGUCCGCCUCCUCAUGUUCCCUGUGACCCUACCUCCGACCCCCCCCUGAUGCGCCCUGAUGCCUGACUCCUGAUGGGAUGGCAUGAAGUCCUCACGGGUGCUGCCAGUGCUCCUCGCCUGCGUGCGCCGAAUGGCACAGCACGCAGGGACCAUUCCGAAACUUGGCCAAUCGCCGGGUCGUCGAGCGCGCAUCGGGCGGCGGCGUCGCCGCACUCUGGCCCCGCGCGCCGCGCCGGCGGCGAGCGGAGCAGGAGGCAUGGCUGGAACGGCGGGGGAGGAGGAUCGGAUCGCCCUGGACGGGGCGCGGCGGAGAACUCUGUCGAAGCCCUCGCCCGCCCCCCCAGUGCGCGGGCUGCAAGCCGCCAGCCACACCCUUCGCAGUCGCCGAGCGUCGCCUUUUCCAAAGUGUGCGUGCUGCCCAGAAAAAAACACGCAGAUGGGGCCGUCCAGCCGCCGUGA